AUGAAAGGCAAAGGGAUAUCUACAAUUUUAAAGGUUUAGGGAUUAGUUUAUUUAUGCUUGAUGAAUAUAAGGAAGCAAUUAUUUGGAUAGAUAAAGCCUUAGAAAUCAAUCCUAACAAUAAAUUAUCAUUGUAUUAAAAGGUAGAAUCUCUAUUAUAUGUUUUAGCGGAUUGUUUAAGACUGCUUAAAUAAUAUAAGGAAGCAAUUAUAUAGGCAGAUAAAGCCUUAGAGAUCGAUCCUUAAUAUUAAUUGCCAUUAUAUUGCAAAGGUAUAGAUGACAAUUAAUCAAUUAGGGUUGCUUAAAUUUCACAUGGAUAAAUUACGUUAUACAAACACCAAACUAAUAUGCAGAAGCGUUGA